AUGAGGUCAACCACUGAAUACAAGCGCGCAUCCGGCGAUAAACUUCUCGACCAAUAUUUUAGUAUUUGUAAGUUGAAAUAUCCAAAAUGCAGAAAUUACCAUCCCAAGGAGAAAGUGGAGUUCGAACCAGUAUCUCCCAAAACUUCUGAUUGUCAAAUUCGCCACUACAUGCUUGAUAUUUUCAAUGGCUAUGCAUGGAUAAUAUUAAAACGCGCUCCAUGGUAUAUUUGGAUAUACAGCAUUUUUGUUUUCUUAUAUGAUCUUUUCAUGAAAAAUGGCUUGCAUAAUCUCAUACGGCUCUAUACCACAAGAGUAGUAGAUCCUGGUGGAAUACUGGGACAAUAUAAGGAUAUUAUUGAAGAAUGCCAACCAAGUCUAGCUGCAGCAUUAAAGUUACUGACUGAUUCAAAUAAUGUACCUGCCUUAUUAAAUUGCACUCAUGGAAAAGACAGAACUGGAGUCUUAUGUGCUUUGAUUCUUGCUUGCCUUGGGAAAGAUAAAUACUACAUAGCAAAAAACUAUGCUCUAUCUGAUGAAUUAGCAAAAUUAAAGCCAAUUCUACAGGAGGAAAUCAUAAAACGAUAUCAAUUAAAUGAAAGUUUUGCUACAGCCAAAGAAGAAACAAUGCUGAACUUAUUUGAGUUUGUUGAGAAAAGGUAUGGCAGUGUAUCCACCUACCUUGAAUACAUUGGAUUCAGUUCUGAGGAACAGGAACAAUUGUGUAAGAACCUCUGUGGAUUAUGA